AUGGAUGCUGACGUGUACUUGUCACAUGCCGCCCAGAUGGAGGCUCAGAUGUUGAGGAGCUGCACAUCGACUGUGAAGUCUCUGGGCAGGGCGGUGCAGUGGCAGAGAGCCCUGGCCAAGCUGGCAGAUCUGAGGCGGCAGGAAGUUCUUCCUGAUCAGGUCCUUUGUAGCUCAGUGAUUACCGCUUGUGGCAAUGCAGGCGAGUGGUCGUGGGCCUUGAGCCUCUUCGACACGCUCCUUCAAGGGUUGAAGGGGCAGGUGGAUGUGGUAACCUGCACGUCUGUCAUCCGUGCCUUUGGCCAAAGGCAGCGCUGGCAGCAGGCGGUGCUUCUCCUUGAAGAGUGCCAUGGUCGGCGAGUAGAAGUGAACUGCAUCGCUUACAAUGCAGUCAUCAGCUCCCUGAAAGACCGAAGACACUGGCGAAGAGCGGCGCAGCUUUUGCUGGAACUCCCAGAGCAGAGUUUGAAAGCUGAUCUAGUCAGUUACAACGCGGCUCUCAGCACCUUCGAAGCAGUGGAAGCAUGGCCGCAGGCGCAGAGGCUCCUUAAUUUUAUGCAGCAAAAGAGGCAAGUGGAUCUGAUCUCAUAUAGCACGACACUAAGCAUGUUGGCGACAGCCGAAGAGUGGCGACCCGCAUUGCUGCUGUUCUAUGUUUCAAUGCAGGACGUUAAGCCGGAUGUUAUUGCACUCAACUCAAUGAUCAGUGCAUGUGGGGGAGGUGGAGAGUGGCAGAAGGCUAUCAUGUUGCUGGCAGAACCCGGUCUUAGAACGAACCUCGUCACUUACAAUACUGCGACUUCUGCGAGCAGUAGGGGGUUUGCCUGGAAGCAAACGGAGCAGUUGCUAUGCAAGCUUUCGCAGAAGGCUUUGAAGGCUGACCUGCUAACUUACAAUCCUGUAUUGGAUGCACAAGUGACGGGCAACUGGCGGCAUGUAUCGAGGUUGCUGAAUUUCCUUAAAGACAACACCUUGGAGGUUGAUGCGGUUACCCACACUGCUGCAAUCCGUGCCGGUGAGAUGGGGCUGUGGACCCAUGCGCUUCAAACAUGGCAGAAUCUAGUGGCGUGCGGUCUGGAGGUGGACCUGGUCAGCUGCAGCGCCACAAUUAGUGCCUGCGAGAAGCAUGCCCACUGGCACCGGGCGCAACACAUGUUGCAGAAGCUGGGUGGCGUGCAGGCAGACGUGAUCGUCUUCAACGGAACCAUCGGCGCCUGUGCGAAGAGAGGAGCCUGGCAACGUGCCUACCUGGUGCUGGGUCACCUGAAGACCGAGGACAUCCAGGCCACCGUUGCAUCUUACAGCUCCACCAUCACCGCCUGCGAGAAGAGUCGCAUGUGGCAAAUUGGUUGUUGGUUGCUGGAGCAGUUGAUCGUCGAGCAUAUCCCAAAUGAGAUAGCCUUCAAUGCUACGAUCAGUGCUUGCGAGAAAGCCGGCAAGUGGCAGCUGGCCCUGUUGCUGCUACGUGACUUGAAGCAGGGGUCGCACGCUGCAUCAGCGACCACAAUCAUCGGCUACAACGCCGCCCUCAGCGCCUGUGCCCAGCGCGGUGCAUGGGCACCUGCACUGGGGUUGCUGCUGGAGGUGGCCACGCAACGGCUGGAGAGCAGUAUCACCACCUACAAUGCGGGGAUCGGUGCCUGCCAGAGAGCUGCAUGCUGGCGCGUUGGACAUGAGCUGCUUCAGAACUUGCCGGGUCUUGAAGCUGACCUCAUUACGAUAGCACUGGCCGACCAGGAUCUGGAUGCAAGAUUUACCGGCGCCAUGCAGCGUGCUGGAGUUACAGAGAGGCUGCGAAGCCCGCAUACAGACCAAAAGGCUUACAGCACAGCCAUCACCAAGUUUGCCAAGCGCAGUGACUGGCAGGGGGCCAUGUCUGUGUUGGCAGAGUUGGCAAGCGCAAAGUCCGUUCCGAAUGUAUUUACCUGCACCGCAGCCAUAAAUGCUUGUGGCAGAUCUGGACAUUGGCAAAAUGCGCUGCAUCUUUUGCUUGAGUUUAGAGCCAGCUCUGGACAAGCCAACGUUGUCACAUACGGAUCUGCAAUAAAGGCUUGUGCCAAUGGGAAGGAAUGGUAUCAUUCCCUUUUGUUGCUGCGGGACCUUGAAGACGAAGGGCUUGAGACCAAUGUGAUCCUCUUCAGCUCUGCGAUAUCUGCAUGUGAGAGGGCAGGAGAAUGGCGGCAUGCGCUCGAUCUCUUGAGCGAGCUGCGGCACACUGCCGCCGAAUCCAACGUCAUCUUGUACAAUGCAACGCUGAGUUCGCUCAAGCACACUGGUGAAUGGGAGCACGCGCUGCUUCUCCUGGAAGCCCUAGACCUUAGCACGACUCGCGCGGACGUUGUAACAUAUGGGUCGGCAGUUGCGACAUGUGAGCUUCGGGGGAAUUGGCGUGAAGCUCAAGCGGUACUAGAAUCGUCCGACCAUAUUCCUCCCGACAAAAUGACAUGCAAUGCAAUCUUGCGAGCUUGUGUCCACGGUCAGGAUUGGGGAAGAGUCUUGCAGUGUGUUCGAGACUUGGAGCGCAACAUGGCAGCCCAGACCGUGGAUUACAGCAUGGCUAUAAGUGUCUGUGAGAGGUGCGAGCAAUGGGAGCAGGCGCUGCUGUUGCUGCAGGACAUCUUGGGUUUAGGGACUUGUAGAGACGAAGCCGCUGUCGCCUCGAUAAGUGCGGCUAUCAGUGCGUGUGCUCGAAGUGGCCAGUGGGAAUGGGCAAUCCACUUAUUGGAAGAGGCCGGAUCCGUUAGGAUACAGGCAGACAUCAUAACUUGGAAUUCUGCAGUCAGUGCCUGUGAGAAGGGAGGAGAGAUGUGGCAAGCACAUCGGUUGCUACAUGAGGCGACCGAGAAAGAGCUGCAAAUCAAUGCAAUCACGUACAAUGCUGCAAUUACUUCUUGCUGGGACAGGUGGCAGGAGGCUCAAGUCCUCGUGAGUGAGAUGCAAGACUUGAGUAUCCUUCCCAACACGAUAACUUACAAUGCCGUGAUCGCUGCUCAUGAGAAGGGUGGACAAUGGCAGCGCGCUCAGCUGUGGUUGCAAACUAUGAAGGUGGCCAGAGUCCAAACCGACAUCAUUUCGUACAACUCAGUGAUCAGCUCCUGUGUGGGCCCUGGGCUGUGGCAAGAGGCCUUACGACUGUUGCGAGAACUCGAACAGCGGGAGCUGCAGGCCAGCAUCGUCACAUAUAGCUCUGCGAUUGCUGUAUGUGAGAAAAGCGGAAAUUGGCAAAUGGCUUUGACACUCCUUGAAACGUUGCAGCGCCGACGUGUCCAGGCAAAUGUUGUCGCCUAUAAUGCCGCCAUUGCGUCCUGCAGAUCGAGUGGUAGUGGUGGACAGUGGCAGCAGGCAGAAAGCCUUUGGCAGGAUCUUAGAACACGUGGAGUCUUAGCAGAUGUGAUCACUUUCAACGCAGCAAUGAGCACCUUCGAGAAAGGAGGUAAGUGGAUGCAUGGGUUACGUUGGCUCUGCCUGCUGCAGCCAAGUUGGGAAGGUCGGUCGAAUGCCGAUGUGAUCAGCUACAGCUCAUCCAUAAGUGCUUGUGCGAAGCACGGCAUGUGGCAGCAGGCGCAGCAGUUGCUUGUUGACGUUCAUGAGCAGCAGAUGCAAGGAAACACCAUCACCUUCAGUGUCCUAGUUACUGCUGUCGGGGAGGAUGGACAGUGGCAGCAGACAGUUCUGUUGCUGCGGGAGCUUGAAGGCCAGGGGUUGGAAGCGACAUCGAACAUUUUUGCCUCAGCUAUCGUGACCUUCGACCAGCACGGAAGGAAUGGAAAGGCUCGUGGCAUAGCCUUUCAGAUGAGCUUUGCACGAGUUGUGGAGACUUCGCUCGUGAAGACAGCUGCAAUCCAUCAGGUUCCCAGAGGCAUUUAUUCAGACAAUUUCAAGCCCAUAGAUGGCGUCCAGCAUCUGUCUAUGUCUCCGAGCGGUGCAUGUGCCUUCAAGCGGUUCGUUGCCCCGCAAGUCGGCUUUGUGGCGCGUUGCUCGAAGGAUGACGUUUUCUUCCACCUCGAGGAUGGCCGCCUUCAGCUCUGCGUCAACGGCUGCUUCGCCAAGACGGUCAGCAUCCUGCGUUUUCACUACGGUGGCGCUGAGGUCUUGGAUCAGGAUGGCUGGGAGGCCAAAGUGCCACCCGCGCUCUUCCCUUCUUUGGCAACGAAGCUGCGGCGCCUGGCGGCAGCAGCCCAGGUGCCUGUCUUUGCGAUUCAGGGCACUGCGGCGACCAGAAUGGUCGCAGCGGCUGUGCUGCGGUUUCCGGCCGGCUCGGGCGACUUCGUCGUUACGAUGGAGAGCGAGCUCGAGCACCUCUCGCUCUGGCCUUCAGGAUCCGCGGGGCUCUUUCUGGGCGAGGCCUUCGCGAAGUGCGCACCGGAGGCGUUAGGGCUCCUCGCUGCAGCAGCGAGCUGGGCAGUGGGCAGGGCCGCUGUUUCGGUCGCAGUGCUGGAGGGCUGUCUGGAGGGCCACGCUCUGGCCACCGUCCUUCCGCACGCCGCAGCGGCCCCGGCCGUCCUCUUGCCAGGUGCAGGAGCCAGGGAGGGCCUCUCGCUUGCGCUGGUUCUGGCAUCGCUCUUGGCCCGAGGCUGUACGGAUGUGGCUUUGAUCGAGGUUGAGGAGGGUAGCAGCAUUCAGGACCCUUUCCUACAGAGCUGGGCUGAUCGGCUGCCGGAGACAGACCAGGCACCUCAAGGUCUUCGUGUGUGGGCCUUCCCCCUCGAUGCAGCCGAAAGUGCUACGGCUUGCCUGGAGGAAGCUUUUGAAGCUUACCGGAGAUCAAGACCCUAUAUCCAUGCACUUGUCGGUGCGGGCGUGAUGGAGGCGGAUAUCCGCGAGGCGCUGGAAACAUCAGUGCAUGCUCUACAAAGCGCACAGGUGCUGGAGCUGACCGAUGCCCAGUGUGGUCUGCUUGCAGAGCCCCUUCAACGCUCGACGAGGAAGAUGUGGCUCCUUCCAGUCGGCAGGUGCAGUCGAGCUUUGGCAGCGCUCGUUGAGGCACGGCUUGGCGACUCUUGGGCUCUGACCUCCGUCGUCAGGGAAGCAGGUGACGGCCAGACUCUGGCACUGCUGGAUCUGGCGGAUCCAGACAGCGUGUGUUUCCUGAGAGCGAGGCAGAAGGAGCCCUUCCCGCUGCAUGUCCUGGCGCUCCUACCGUCCCUGGCCUCGACUCGAGUGGCCUGGCAGUUCGUCGCGGAGCCGCUGGCGCUGCUUCUCGGCCUCGGAGAGGACUUUCUGCUGGAGCUCGGCCUGGUUGCAGCCCUGGGAAUCGGAGACGAAGCAGGUCUGGAAACUGCCGAUGCGUUGUCUUUCCUGGAGGCUUUGGCCUCUGCAGACAUGUCGGCCGUGGCCUUCCAGCUGCAGCCGCGGCCGCAAGCACACCUGGCGCUGCCGGCGUUUGAGGCCGAUUCGACAACCAUCCUGUGUGCAGAGAGUGCAGCCUUGGGAGAGAAGGAG